UGCUCAGGCAGUCUGGAUCUGUGAGGAUUCGUAAGGGGUGAUCUGGACUAAACAAGAUGCCCAAGGGAGAGCAUUACCUAGAUGGCAACUUUGGCAGAAGGAAGGGGUACAGCUACCUUUCAGCAGAAGAAGUUGCAGGCAUUGGAAUUCUCAUUGUGGUUCUUGGUGCAGUACUGAUCCUGGGCUGUUGGUAUUACAAAAGACGGAGUGGCUAUAAAAGCCUUCGGAGCAAGAGUUUUGGAGUUGCCACCAUGAAUACCUCGGAAGGCAAAAGUGCUUUGCUGGGUUCCAGAUUUCCAUUACAAGAAUACAUUAGCAACUUCAAACAUGUGGUGCCUGAUGCUCCACCAGCUUAUGACAAGAUCUCCGCUAGCCCUCUGCCACCACCUUAUGCACCAUGAAACGGGAACAGUUAAACCAGAAUGAAAGCUAUUGCUACGUUUGCUUAAAUACAUGUAUGCUCUUUCAUUUAUAGACUUGUUAUUAACAGUUCCGGAAACCAUUACUGCUUAAGAAAAUCUAGCUCUUGUCUAUUGUGUUAAUGUCCUAGCCUUUUUACCUUCAGUUUCCUAGGAUUCAUUUAAAGGUAUACUAUGAGAAAUUUUAUUCAAAGCAAUCUACUAAGCAUAUUAAAUAUUGAAGAGCAAGAACCAGAUUUCCUCAAAUUUGAGAAUUUGUUUUUAACACACAGAGGCCCCAUUAUUCCAUUGGGCUUAAAAAUAUUUUACUAAAAGAAACAAUAGGAUUUUCUUGUA